CGGGAGGAUUCAUACCACUCUAUAGUCUCAUGUGCUGCUGUAGUUCUCACUCCUAUGGAAUCAACAAUAGAAAUGAAGAAAAGAGAAGAGCUAAAACUUCCUGAACCUUCCAAACAGAAUCUUUCCCUGAAAUUAACAAAAGACAUGGAUCAGGAAGCAAGGUGUUCCCAUAUCAGCCGAAUGCCCAGCAGCCCAUCUGCAGAUUGGCCUCUGCAAAGUGUGGAGGAAAAUGGAGGCAUGGACUCCCUGCCCUUCAGGCUGAUGUUGCAGGACUGCACGGCCGUUAAGACGCUGUUACUAAAGAUGAAGAGAGUUCUGCAAGAGCACACUUCAGAAGCAAGUGAAAAGCCAAAGAAUAGGAACUCCAACAAAGAAUAA